AUGGGAUCCUUUGUCGAGAUUGUCGCCGUGAUCUGUCUCAUCUGGUCCGUCGCAGUUGUGGUUGUCCAAGCAAUUGGCAUUGCCGCUAUUUUUCGACACUUUUCAAAAGUGCCAUCGCCUCCCGUCUCCUCAAAGCUCGCCCAGGAUGCUCCCUCAGUUACAAUAAUCCGCCCCGUCAAGGGCCUCGAACCUCGACUCUACGAGUGCAUUGCAUCUACAUUCCAACAAGACUAUCCUGCAGACAAACUGUCCAUCCGCCUAUGUGUUGAGGACGAGACCGACGCUGCAUACCCGGUACUACAAAAGCUGGUCCACGACUUUCCAUCUUUCGACGCCCAGGUUCUCGUUGAAUCUCGUGACCCAAUCUUGCACGGAACAAAAGGCCGCAUUGACAACCUGGGCCCAAAUCCCAAAGUGCGCAACAUCAGUAGGGCAUACCGAGAAGCCAAAGGGGACAUUAUAUGGAUAAUUGACUGCAAUGUCUGGGUGGCAAGCGGUGUGCUGGGGCGCAUGGUUGACAAGCUAAUGGGAUAUGGGCCGGCCGGAACCUCGACAACUCCCUAUAAAUUUGUUCACCAGAUGCCACUGGUUGUUGAUGUGGUGGACUACAGUCGUCCGGGAACCGAAGACAGCCAAGUUCUCUUGUCAUCGCCCUCAGAAGCUGGCGUGUGCCCGGGCACCCCUAAAGAAUCCGAACACGUCCUUGCGCGCACUUGUCGCCACGGAGGCGGGCGUCUCGACGAGAUGUUCAUGGCAACGACGCAUGUCAAGUUCUAUGGCGCUAUAAACUUUGUCAGUGUUGCACCCUGUAUUGUAGGGAAAAGCAACAUGUUUCGAAAAGCGCAUCUCGAUCAGGUGACGACGGCGUCGAGCAAUCCCAUCCUUCCCGCUGGAAUUGACAAGCCCAGCGGAGUGGACUAUUUCUCCUACAACAUUUGCGAAGACCACCUCAUUGGGGAUCUACUCUGGAGAUCCAACAUUCCAGGCCACUCCAAUCAUGGAAUCGUCUGGGGCGACUUGGUUAUACAGCCCAUGGCAGGCAUGUCCAUCAUGUCGUACGCCGCCCGCCGUGUCCGAUGGCUGCGAGCAAGAAAGUUCACGGUGCUGGCGGCCACAUUUGUCGAACCGGGCAUUGAAUGUUUCCUCUGCUGCGCCUACCUUGCCUUUGCCGUGACGACGCUUGCCUGGUUUCACGAGGCAUUGGGCAUUCCCCAGACAAGGUCAGCCAUGGCGUUGAUUUGGCUCUCAGCGGCGACGGCGUGGAUGCUGGUGGACAGGCAGACAUUCAAGCUCCUGCACUCGGGCUGGAGCAUAGAGCGCCGGCGCGACAGCCCCCAGUUUGUCCGCGGCACGUCACAGGCGGGGGGAAUGCCCAGACGAGGAUUUUGGGAAUGGCUCCUGGCAUGGGUUGGAAGAGAAAGCCUGGCACUGCCGGUCUGGGCGUAUGCUGUUCUAUGUGGGACGACGGUAAGGUGGCGAGGCAAGUCGUUCCGGGUCAGUAUGGACACGUCGGUGGUUGAGGUGGCAGGGGCCGCGACGAGGAAGGUGUCACGCACGCCGGAGCUGGAGAGGGCGAGACAAUCGAGCAAAGAUCGGUUGGACUAG